AUGGAACCGGCACGAGCUCGCGCGGUAUUUCCGUGUCUAGAUGAACCAGCGUACAAGGCGAUAUUCCACAUCACGUUGAUUUAUCCGUCGGGUUUGAUUGCACUCGCAAACACUAUGGAACGAACGCCUGUACCACUUGGCAAAGAAACACCUGAUUCAGCAUGGAGCGUAAUUCAGUUCCCACCUUCACUCAGAAUGUCAACUUAUCUGGUGGCGUUUGCGGUUGGACCAUUCGUGAAACAGGAGAAAGUAGAUCCAACAGGAAUACUGGUAGGAUAUUGUUGGCAAUAG